AAUAUAAUGUACUUUUUGAUAAUUACCUUAUUACAUACCUCUCUCAUAUUCCUUGCCUGUUUCUUCUUUUUCACAUCCUCUUUACAGGAAAGAAUGAGUAUGAUCUUCUGGUAAUUGGUGGAGGGUCUGGAGGCCUUGCUUGUGCAAAAGAAGCUGCUCAGUUUGGAAGGAAAGUGGCUGUUUUGGAUUAUGUGGAACCUUCUCCACAAGGAACCAAAUGGGGACUUGGUGGAACUUGUGUGAAUGUUGGCUGCAUUCCUAAAAAGCUUAUGCAUCAAGCAGCCCUUUUAGGGAGUGCCCUUAAAGAUGCUCAACACUAUGGCUGGAAUAUAGCACAACCUGUUCAUCAUUCCUGGUCUGUGAUGGCAGAAGGUGUUCAGAAUUAUGUGAAAUCCUUGAACUGGGGACACAGAGUGCAACUACAAGACAAGAAAGUGAAAUACUUCAACAUGAAAGGGAGUUUUUCUGGUCCACAUACAGUCCGUGGUUUAACAAAAGCAGGCAAAGAGACUAUUGUUACUGCAGAAAACAUUGUCAUUGCUACUGGAGGAAGACCAAAAUAUCCUACACACAUUGCAGGUGCACUGGAGUAUGGGAUUACAAGUGAUGAUCUGUUCUGGUUAAAAGAAUCACCUGGAAAAACGUUGGUUGUUGGAGCCAGCUAUGUUUCACUUGAGUCUGCUGGUUUUCUAACAGGCAUUGGGUUGGACACUACAGUCAUGAUGAGAAGUAUCCCACUUCGUGGGUUUGAUCAGCAAAUGGCAUCUUUAGUAACUGAGCACAUGGAAUCUUAUGGCACAAAAUUUUUAAAGAGAUGUUUCCCAAUCAAAGUUGAAAAAUUGGAGAGCAACAGAUUGCAAGUCACUUGGAAAAAUACUGACCUGGGCACAGAAGAAACUGAUUCCUUUGACACAGUGAUGUGGGCAGUAGGUCGAGCCCCUGACACUGAAACUCUCAAUUUGGAGACAGUUGGAGUGAAAACUAAUUCUGAAACUGGGAAGAUCAUUGUUGAUGCCAGUGAAGCAACUUCUGUUCCUCACAUUUAUGCAGUUGGAGACAUAACAGAGGGCCGUCCUGAAUUAACACCCACAGCAAUAGCUGCAGGAAAACUGCUGGCUCAGCGUCUUUUUGGCAAGUCUUCAGAACUGAUGGACUAUGACAAUGUACCUACUACGGUUUUCACUCCCUUGGAAUAUGGUUGUGUUGGACUGUCAGAAGAAGUAGCUGUGCAGUGUUUUGGAUCAGAUAAUAUUGAGGUAUACCAUGCCUAUUAUAAACCUUUAGAGUUUACAGUGGCUGAAAGAGAUGCAACUCAGUGCUAUAUAAAAAUGGUGUGCUUACGAGAGAGAGGGCAACGGAUACUUGGCCUUCAUUUCAUUGGACCAAACGCAGGCGAAGUUAUUCAAGGAUUUGCUCUUGGAAUCAAAUGUGGUGCUACAUAUCCUCAACUGAUGAAGACAAUUGGCAUUCACCCUACCUGUGCUGAAGAAAUUACCAAGCUGCACAUUACAAAGCGUUCUGGCUUGGAUGCAACAGUCACAGGCUGCUGA